AUGAUCAAAGCUGACAAAAGGCCACACGAAAGAAAAUCAGAUCCAAACUUAGAAGAAGCUUUAUGAGAUGCCUCACAGUCAAAAACUCCAAACAAUAGACCAAGCAUUACUGAGACUAUGAACUCUCUCAGAUCUCAAAAUGCAGAAUUAGCCCACAAAAUUGAAAUACUUGAAAGCGAGCUGACUGAAGUUCGAAGAGAGAAGGCAGAACUCGCCCAAAACUCCAGAUUUUCUUCUUCAAGAGGCCUUAUGAGCUCUUCUCAGCUUGAAUUAAAGCUUAAUUCACUUCGGUCAUUAGAGCAAGAAAAAGACAGCUUAAUUCAAACAAUCCGAGCUCUCGAAAUCAACCAAGAAAAAAUCGUUCAGGAAAACCAAGAACUGGCUCGAGCUCUUUCUCAGAGAUCUGAACAUUCCUCAUUACUAGAAGGCGACAAAGUUUCAUUAACUGAAAAAAUCAGGCAGCUUCAAAUGCAGCUGAUGGAAUUUGAAGUGGCUCAUUCUUCUCUGCUUCAAGAAAAAGCCAAUUUAAAGUCUUCUCUUGCUAAGCUUGAAGGAGAAAAGGCUGAAGCUGAAAUAAGAUUCAGUGACUUUCGGAGCUCUCAUGAACAAUUUAUGAUUGCAAGUAAUAACGAAAUUGACCAUUUGAAAUGAAAUUAUGUGAAGCACAGCAAAUUAUUGGCUGGAAAUGGCCUAGCAAUGGUAAUUGAGAAAAUUAUUAUAAAGAUAGAAAGCUUUGGAUUCAAAAAAAUCAGAGAUUUGAAGGUUAUUAGUUUGAAUAAAAAUAGUGCAGCAAGAAUUUUGAUAGAUAAAGCAAAAAUUUUUUGGAGAAAUAAACUGCAAAAGGCACACAAUGUGUGACGGAAAGCAUUAAAUUGGAAUCAUUUGAAAAAAAUGAGAGAUAACUUGGUUGUUGAUAUAAGUGCAGUUAAAAUUAGGAGAAAAGCGUUUUCUAAUUGGAGGAAUUUGUUCUUAAAAAGAAUGAAGUAUAAAAAAGUGGCUAAAGAGUCGAUUGAUAAGCUGUUUUAUAUUUAUUCACCGAAAAUUAGCUCAAAAAUUGCGAAACGUUUUACUCAAUGAAAAACAAAACCUCGAGUUGAGCCCGUAAUAAAAAAACUGCUAAAAAGAAUCAUAAAUCGAAAAUAUCGCAGUUCCUUAAAUGUUUAUUUCAAUUCAUGAUCAAAAGCUUGUACAAAAGUAAGACUAUUACAAGGAAAAGCUGAUCUUUCCAUUGAUUUCGCAGCCUUUGCUCUAAAGCAAUCUGUCUUUUUAGAAUUCAAAAGAGUUUGCCAAUUAUCUUUAAUGAAGCGUCAAUACCACUAUUGGGUCCGAAAGCAGUAUGAAAGGAAAGAACAGUUCAAAAUAAUUAAUGAACUUCAAAAAAUAUCAAGCUAUAAUAAACAAAAGGUUGCAAGAAUAAAUCAUGUGGUUAGUGUUUGGAUAAAUAAAGCUGAAGCAAAUGCAUUCACAACUUGGAAAAAAGAAACAAAAGAAUCCAAAUCAUUUAACAGGAUUGAGAACAUUUUACUCAAUAAAGAUCUUGAAUAUAAUGGGAAAUGCCUUGAUAUCACUUUGACUGCUUGGAAACUCUUUACUAGUCAAUCUAAAUCUGCAAAAAUGCUAAAAGAGUUCACAGUUGAAAAAGAAAAACAUCAAGAAGUUAAAAAAAUGCUAUCUAUUGAAAAGUACCAAAGUUCUUAUAAAGGCUUACUCCCCCCCUCCGUGAGUGAACAAAACCAUUAGAAAAAUCGCCAUUUUUUGACAAAAAACCCACCCUCCAUGAGUGAACAAAAAUUUUUUUAAUAGAAAAAUUUUUAAUGGGAAAAAAAAUUUUGAUAUAUAAGUGAUAAUUAGUAUAAUGAAAUCUAGUUCUAAUUCUGUUUAAUUUUAAACAAAUUGCGUUUUAAAACAUAAAUUUUAUAAAUCAAAUUAAUAUUUGCUUCCCAAUUUUUGCAAAUUAGGAUUUUUUACAUUUUGAAAAAAAAAAUUUUUUAUAAAAUUUAUAUAAAAAUUGUUUAAAAAAACUAAAAUUAACCCCCUCCGUGAGUGAAACAAAAUUUUUUGUUCACUCACGGAGGAGGGGGGAGUUAGUAAAAACUUAUAAAGCAAUACUAAGAUCUUCAAAACGAUUAGUUGCAAGCUAUUUUAAGGUCUGGAAAUUAAAAAUUCCAAUCCUUAAAGCUGGAGCUCACAGCGUAGGAAAAUUCAUGUAUCUUGAGAAAUUUUUUGAAAACCAUUGGAAGCAAAAUAACGAAAAUAAAAUAAAAAUAUUUGCUCAAAAUGCUAUGAAAGCAUCAGAUGUUAAGCUUGGUUCCAAUAAAAUGGAAUAUCAAAUUAUGAAGUGCUACAUAAGAAUUGGGUUUAAUGAAAUAUCUAAUUUUUCAGAAAAAGUUAAAGAAUAUGAAAACAGAAGACUUUUUUUAUUAGAGCUUGACACAAAAAGACAAAUAAAAUUAGCAAAAGUCUGAAGAGCAUGGAAAAAUCAGCACUUGCGAAAAGCUUGUAGAACUUGGAUACAUAACAUGAAAGAAAAUCUUAAAAAAGCAUCUGAAUUCCCCAUCCGUGAGCGAACAAAAAAAAUUUUGCUUUCUCAUCACUAACAAGGCGACUUAAAUGUUUAUAAAUAAUUUUAUAGUAUUAUUAUAUUUUUGAAAUUUAAAAUCCCAAUUGGAAAACAAAAAAUUAAUUUAAUUGUAAAAUUUAUGUUUUAAAAUGCAAGCUUUUUAAAAUUCAACAGAAUUAUUUCAUUAUACUAUUUAUUGCUUAUAUAUAUAUCAAAAUGUUUGUAUUUUUCAUAAAAAAAUUUUUGUUAGCUCAUAUGGAGGGUAGAUUUUUAUACAAAAAAUAGGGGUUUUCCAAUAGUUUUGUCCGCUCAAGAAGAAGGGGAGUGAAGAAACUAUAUCAACUCAUAUUUCAGAUAAAAAAGCUAUUAGAAGAGAAAUGCAAGCUAUUAAAACGAAAUUCGAAACCAUAAUAGAGGAGAAAAAUAAAGAAAUUAUUUUGAAUGUCAAUGAACAAAAAAAACUGAAAAAAAUAAUAAAUUUCUUUUUGCAGAAACGAGCAAAUGAUUUUUCAUAUGAAUAUUCCAUCAAUAAAGCAUCUUAUGCAUUCAAAGAGUGGAAGAUUAGAUAUAGCCACUCCAGAAGAGCUUGCAAUGUAUUGAGUAAGCAUGCCAAAAAAGUUAGAUACAUUUUAGGAUUAUCUUCAAUUAAAGAAUAUGCUAAAAAUAUCUUGAAAAAUCAAAGGGUUCAAGAGCAGCUAUACAAAUUUUUUUAUAGUUAUGGAGCGCAUACCUGCAAACAAGCAGUCGCACUAUGGAGGAGAAAUUAUCAUUUAGGGGAAAGAGAAAAUGGCAAUGCUGAGGUAAACAAAAGAGCAAACCAAAUAAGUGAAUUUAAAAAGCAGCUUUAUCAAAUUAAAAAGAGGAAUAUGAAAAAAUCAUUUGCCUUUUUAGUUUCUAAAACAAAAAACCAAGUUUUUAAUGCAUGGUUUAGCAUUGCCAGCGAAUUACGAAACAUAAAAAUUGCAACUGCUAAAUUCCGAAACAAGAAAAUUUCAAUGAGAACAGAAUUAGGCUUUAACUACUUGCUGAGUUAUAAAAUAGAAAAGAAGAUUAAAAAUCACAAAAUUAAGAUCGUGAGGAGAAAAGUAUUUUUGGACUUAUUAAGAACUGUAUUUGAAGAAUGGAAAAAUUAUCACAUAGAGUACCGAAAAUUCAUUAAAUAUGUGGAGUCAACCACAAUUUCUCCAGUAAUUAAAAACCCAGAAACAGAAAUUGACAUCCAAACAGAAAACGAAGGAUUGAAACGAACAUUAAUCCAAUAUAACAACUUUAUUAAAAAAGAAGGCCAUGAUCCUAAAGAACUUGAUAAUUAUUUAAUUGAAAAUUUAAGCUGUGAAGAUAUAUUUUAUAGAUGAAAAUUGGUAGGGAGCUAUAAAACGGAUAAGGACUUAUUAGAAAAUACUUUUACCUUGUGGAAAAUUUGGAUCAUUAAAAGAAGCAAAUAUAAGAGAUCUGCUGAAAGAAUGAUGAUUUAUAAGAGAAGGGGUGAAGAAUUGUGGGCUUUGAGGACCUGGAAGCGCAGUUUUUCACUUUUUACAAAGGAAGUAAAGCAAAUGAAUAGAAAUCAACUUCUAGACUUGCUAGUCAAAAUGGAUAGGGAUAUUGCCACGCUUAAAGAUGCAGCCAUUGAAAAGCAUAAAAAGCUUAAAUAUAUAGAAUCAUAUUGCAUAGAACUAGAAGAGCAUGUAAGAAGAGGACAAAAUCAAGCUUUAAUUGUGUGUGGAUUCAACAUUCACAAUACAUUAAAGCGAGUUUUACACAAUUGGCACGUAAAGGUUUCUUACCUUAAAUUUAGAGAUCUUUAUCAGAAGUUAACAGUUCUACAAGAGGAAUAUUCGCAUAUAAAAAAUCAGUUCAAGCAGCUUGAUUUGAAAAAUAAAGCUCUUUUGAAUGAAAAUUGGGAUCUGAGACAUACAGCAAUGAAUGGGCUAUCGAUGACAGAUACGAUUGAACGAAUUAAAAUUGAGAAGGAUAAGUUAUCAGUAGAUUUGAAUGAAAGAAAUUCAAUGAUUGAGAAACUAAUAGAAGAUAAAAAAGACUUAGAAUUCAAGCUGAGGUAUUCAGAAUCUAAAGGAUUUAGAAAAUCAAACUAUUAA